AUGUCAAAACUAAGACAAAUUGUAAAAUAUUCAUAUUGUAGAUAUUAUAGUGUACAACAAGCAAAGAAGAAGCUACCUAUCAUAUCAUGUAAGCGUCCAGAAUUUAACCAUUACGCAGGACAAUCUUACAGUAAAUUUGAAGGUGUUAAACUUGCGUCACAGGGAUGGUUGCAUUCAAAAUCAAAAAAUGAUUAUUUUAUAAUAUACGGAAAUGCGAAUAAAAAAGAAGAAAAAGAAGUCUAUCGUAAAACUUUUGAAGAAAUAGGACUAUGUCCACAAUUGAGAGAGGUUAUGUCUCAGUUAGGUUAUUCUUUACCGACGGAGAUUCAAGCUAAGUCUUUUUCGCCUAUUAUAGAAGGAUAUAACACUGCUAUGACUGCUGAAACUGGAUGUGGGAAGACUUUGGCAUACUUGUUACCAAUAAUUCAACAUGUUCUAGAAUGGAAACCUCAUGUGCCUGAAGAUUUUAACAGUCCAUUGGCUGUAGUCAUAACGCCUAGUAGAGAAUUAGCGUCUCAAAUAGGAGAAGUGGCACAAAAUCUUACAGAGAAUCUUAACAUUAACAUAUCCACACUUGUUGGAGGUAAAACAAAGCAACAAAUAAUUAACCCACCAAUUGAGUAUUGUGACAUAUUAGUGACAACUUUAGGAGCCUACAGCAAGCUUGUAACAACAGGAAUAUUUAAAAUUCAUAAUCUUCAUCACAUUGUGUUGGAUGAAGCCGAUACACUUUUAGAUGACAGUUUUGUUGACAAGUUAUCUAAUUUGUUAAAGAAAGUCCCUAUUCAUUAUAAAGUGAAUAUCCAAAGUCCUCCAAAAGGAUGUCAAGUUACAUUGGUCAGUGCGACACUGCCACAUGAAUUACCAGAAGCCGUAAACUCUUUUAUGGACCCUCAAUCUUUGAGAACUGUUACAACUAGUAAAAUACAUAGGAUCUUACCACAUGUUCCUCACAAAUUUAUCCGACUCGGUAAAGCUCAAAAACCAUUGGAAUUAUUGAAAUUAGUUUUAGUUGAUGUGAAGAGAAAGCGGCCAGUCAUGAUAUUUUCCAACAAGACAUCCACUUGUGACUUUGUUUGUAUGUUUCUUAACGAGAAUAACAUAGAAUGCAUUAAUGUCAAUGGACAAAUGGCAGUGCCCCUCAAACUUGGAAAGUUUGACAUGUACAAAAAUGGCCAAGUUAACGUUUUAUCAUGUACAGAUAUUGCAUCACGUGGCCUUGAUACUUUGAGGACCCGUCACAUAAUAAACUACGAUUUUCCACUAUACACAUCUGAUUAUAUUCAUCGUUGUGGUAGAACUGGAAGACUUGGCUCAGAUACCGAUUGUAAUAUAACCAAUUUCGUGGCGUGGCCAAGAGAGAUAAAACUUGUCCAAAAAAUAGAGACCUCAAUACGAACAAAUAAUGAGUUGCCCAAUGUUAAUGCAAAUAUCAAAAGGCAGAUUCUAGACAGAAUAACUAAAAUGUCUGGUGCUGCCAUAAUA